GAGUUGAAAAUCCUCUAUGGAACAAGCUUACCUACAUGUGGCCAGUCCUUCCCAGUGGCCAACUUAAUGAGGGGUUUGAUUGGCCAAUAGAAGGACUGCUUGUUCCAAAUAGUCCUCCCAUGAAAAAACCCAUCUGUAAGACACCAGAGCAAUAUGUCCCUGUGAGACUAAGAGUUUUGCGGAAUGGAGACAAGAAUAAAAACAGAUCCCUUACUGUACUUGGUCCAGCCAUCUCACCUGGAUGGAAAACACAGUGCACUGAAAUUUUAAAUUUACCUUCUGCAGCUCGGAGAUUGUUCAAUGAAAAGGGGAAGGAAAUAUUUACCCUAGAAGACCUCCAAAGAGAUGAACUGGUAUAUGUUUCAUGUGGAGAACAUUGGAUCAAUCCUGAUCUGUCCAUUGCUCAUCAAAAGAAACAAAUCUUUCUGAGGAACCUAGCAUCAGACAUUUCCAAAAUUCAAAUCUUUUGCAGCACACGUAAGAUAGAAGGUCUUGUUUUAGAAGUCCAAAGUCACCUUGUGUCUGGAGGCAAGCUUGCUGUGAAACCGAUAGCAAUUUUUGGAGAAAAGAAGCAAGUUACAGAAACUGAAGAAAAGCAAAUACAAAAAGAUACUUUAACAACAGAAAAUGCUUCCACUGAAAUUCUAGAUUCACAUGCAAGGGCCCAUCUCCGAAUGAAGGCUUGUCACACACUUCUCAGGUAUGCCUGGCAGGAAAUUUUGCAUGACUUUGAUGAGGAUGACAGUCUUCCAAAGAAAAUGGAAAAAGAGCUCUUUGAAAAUGUGGAACCACAAAAGAAACACAGGGAAAACCAUUUGCCAGAGCAUGGUAAAUUGCAGAAGCUUUGCCUCCAGCAGUUUGAAUACAGAGAUGGGCAAAUUGUAAGCUGUGCUGCUCCUCAGCUAGUCUUGGGGGUGCAAGGUCCCAGCCUCCGGUCAGGCAUGGAGGUGGUUUUGGUGGAGAAGAAAUCUGAUGGUAGUCAUCAACGCUGGAUACACAAGAAAGACAGCAGGACCUUUCACCUGGUGAGUAACCCGGACUUUGUGCUGGCAGUGUCUAUGACCAAGGCUGGAAAUGAUGUCGGUGGCCAUCCAGUUAUUGUUCAGAAAUAUAACCCAUGCAACAAUGGGACUGCCAAUCAAAAGUGGAAUUAUGUGGAAAAUAUGAAAGCAUUUAUAGCCUUUCAUAGCACUGCCCUGAAUAAGGAAAUUACAUCAGCAAAUUAUGCUGGUAUUUGUACAUCAUCUGUGAUUAAAGAAGAAAACAUUGACCAACCAGGAUAUUAUUAUCUCUCACCUGGUGAAAAGAGAAAAAUGAUGCUCUGCUUGGCUUGCGGACGAUCCAUGAGAGCAGAGAAGGGACUGAAAGAGUUGCUUCCAGGGGUUCCAUUCUUUUGUGUUUCAGGCUCCAAGACUCAGAAGCCCUUCUCACCAGGGCCGUUCAAGGUCAUCAAUGUGGCUGAGGCUGAUUUAUCAUCUUACGAGGCUGAAAAAACUCUAAGUUAUUAUGAAGAACGUCUGUUAUCUUUACGGAUGGAGACCUGCACGCAAGCUGUAUCUCACAGUGGUAUGGCAGCUACGCACCAGAAGGCAGUGAAAAUAAUUGCAUACAAAAAUGGGGAUGGAUAUCGUAAUGGGAAGUUAAUUGUGGCUGGAACAUUCCCCAUGCUUCUUACAGAAUGCACAGAACAACUUGGGCUUGCCCAAGCAGCCUCAAAAGUAUAUACCAAAGAUGGAACUACAGUCUUUACCUUGCGUGAUUUGGUUUUAUGGGCUCUAGAUGAAUCCUUUAUCCAGAGAGACUCUGAGGAACAAAAGAAAGACUCCGCUCCUGCUGGAACAGAAGAGUUAACUAUUAAAAAAAAUCUGACAAUGAAUGUGAAAAACAAAUUAUUUCCAAAGUCUGUGAAAUCUGAUAGUUUGGAUGGUAUUGAUAAGUCUGUGCUUGCCCUCAUCCUUAGAAAUCCUAUUGCCAUCUGGGUAUCUUGUGGUGAACCAUUUCUACCUCCAAAUGCUUUGCAGGAAGAAGAAAAGUUAGAGAAACAAAACUGGCUUAAAAAGGACAAAAUUUUGGCUGAUCUGGAUACCAUGAAACACAAAAUGAGACAGUUAAAAGGGCGGCGAGUAGCAGCAUGUCAGCCGGCCACCAUGGUUCCCACCAAGAGCCCUGUGCAGCCAGUGGUGGUUGAAGGAGGCUGGACCAAGCAGACUCAAGAGGAAAUUAAACUCAUGGAACUUAUAAAACAUACAGAGACACACCUUUCUGAAGUCCAAGAACUGCAAUCCAAAAGGAAUUCUCAAGUUGCAUCUACAGCCAAGCGGAGCAGUCUGUAUAAGCAACCCAACACAAAACGAGUAUGGAUUUACCUAAAUGGAGGCAGACCUGAAUAUGGCACUUAUGCCUGGGGCAGAACUAUUUCAGAGCUGUUGGAUGACUGCUCGUCUCGUCUCAAAAUGGCCCACCCAGCCAGAGCACUGUACACCCCAGAGGGAGAGCUGGUUCAGUCGUGGGAUGACGUAGAGCGAGACAUGGUCAUCUGUGCAUCCACGGGGCACGGCUUUAUAACCCAAAAAGAGUUAAAGCAGCAGUUGGAGGUCAGAGCAAAUUAUGCCAGAAUCCAAAGGCAGCAGGGCCUGCAAGCCACAGACAUCGUGGUGAUGCCAUCCACAAAACUGCUAUCUCUGGUACAUCUCCACAAUUAA